ACGCCCCUCCCCAGUAUACCUAAAAUCAAACACCACCACUAGCAACCAGAGAGACACCAAGCAGAUCUGCUCUGCUUCGGCCGCCGCCCGCCUCAGACCAUCAUGGCGCCGGCAUUGCCCCGCGCCGCCCUCCUCCUCCUCCUCCCGCUCCUCCUCGCCUCCGCCGCGCGCUCCCAGUCCCAGGACGAGGCCGCCGGCCCCGCCUCCGACUCCGCCGCCUCCCCUCUCCCCCGCGACUCCGUCGCCGACACCAAAUCCGCGCUCUCGCCAAUCUCCCAGCCCCCUGCCGCCUCCGCUGCCGACGCCGCCGCCAACUCAUCGCCUCCGGCUCCGCCAGAGACCUCCCCCGUGGCGGCCCCCUCCGACUCGCCCGCGCAGGCGCCGUCCUCCUCCCCGCCUCCCACGCACACGCAUUCCGCUGCUCCAGCGCCCGCCGCCGACAAGGAUGCUGACGGCCAAAAGGACAAGGACGACGACGGCGACCGCAAGUCCGCCCCCGCGCCCGCCCCGGCGGCCCAGGAGAUUAAGGCCUCCAGCGCCGCCCAGCAGGCCAGUGGCGCUGAUGAUGGCGAGGUUCGCGAGGAGAUGAACGGCGGCAAGAAGGCCGGCGUGGUGGUGGGCGCCUUCACGGCGGCCGCGGUCGUCGGGCUCGGCUGCUUCGUCUGGAGGAAGCGCCGGGCCAACAUCCGCCGCGCCAGGUACGCCGACUACGCCGCGCGCCUCGAGCUCGUCUGAUGGAUCAUCUUCCGCUUCAUCGGUGGCUUGGAUCGGAACGGAUCGGAUCAUACAUACUGGUUAGCUACUACUACUACUAGCAGAGUACAAUGGUCAUAUAUACGAUAGAUACGCACUUGCGAUCUCCACUGAAACUGAGAGAUACAAUGCAGCACUAGUACUGAUUGGUGAACAGAAGCGCACGCAUCCGUUGUUGGUGUGAUGCGUCCGCCUUCUUUCUUCAUCCAUCGGUCGGUCUCAUAGAUUGUUUCUUGUUCCAUUCUACUCCAUUGGUGUGUAUGUGUGUGUGUGUGUGGAGUGUUCAUUCUUUGGUGGUGAAGACAUAAAUAAAUAAUCCGAUACAUAUUCAUAUAUAUGGAUGGAGACGAGGAGGAUACAUCAUUUUUGUACACCACGUCAUCAUGUCUCGUUGCAAUUGUUGAUGCUACUAAAAUAGAUUGAUUGGUGAUUCAAUAAUCACGGCAUCGGUAUGCACAGCUUUCA